AUGAAGACAGCUUCUUACAACUUUCUAUGUACUGUAGUUUAUGUCCUAACUCUGCAGCUCAUCACUGGCUCAUCCUCAGCAGCAACACCACCACCUCCACGUCCAGAAGGUAACUCUUCAACUUCCUGCAUUAGAACCUGUGGAGGAAUCUCGAUACCGUUCCCUUUCGGAAUAGGCGAGAAAGACUGCUAUCUCAACAACUGGUACGAGGUUGUCUGUAACACCACCGUACCGUUCCUCUCACGGAUCAAAACCGAAGUGGUGAACAUCUCUCUCCCAGACGGUAAUAAACCAUACGGAGUGGUUCACAUCAAAGGUCCCGUGACUUCUUUGGGCUGCUCUAGUCAAGGACUGAUAAAGUCAACGCCAGGUUUGAAUGUCACGGGAAGAGGCAGUCCAUAUUUUCUCACCGACCAAAACCGUCUGGUGGCGGUUGGUUGCGGUGCCAAGGCGUCUCUUACAGAUAUAGAAUCAGAGAUGAUAGGUUGUGAAUCGAGCUGCCAAGACAGUAAACGUAGUCAGCAAGUAACAAACUCGGUCUGCGAUGGUUACAGAUGUUGUCAGGCAAGGAUACCAUUAGAACGUCCACAAGUCAUAGGUGUGAAUAUAGAUGUCACAGGAGGAGAAGGGUGCAGAGUUGCCUUCUUGACUAACCAGAGGUACUCGCCGAAGAAUGUAACAGCGCCAGAACAGUUUCAUUCGUUGGGGUAUGCGUUGGUAGAGCUAGGAUGGUACUUUGGUACUUCGGAUUCUUGCUUUAGGAGUCCCUUAGGUUGUAGAAAUAUGACUCGUUUCAGUUCUUACACGUCCUUUGAUAAAUGCGGUUGCGAGUAUCAGUACUUCUCUGGGAUGAGUUAUAGGAACUGUUAUUGCAAUAAUGGCUACACAGGGAACCCAUACGUUAAACAUGGCUGCAUAGACAUAGAUGAAUGCAAAGGACACAACAGUUGUGGAGAAAGGACUUGUGUGAACUGGCCUGGAUCAUAUAGCUGUGAUCCCAAAGUAACCAAGCCUCAAAAGACCUCUGUACUUCAAGGUGUUCUUAUAGGUCUAGGAGUGUUGUUGUUCGUCCUCGGAGUCUUGGGGCUGUACAAACUCGUGAAAAAGCGAAGGAAGAUCAUCCGCAGCAAGAAGUUCUUUAAACGUAACGGAGGCUUGCUGUUGAAACAGCAACUAACCACCACUAAGGAGGGGAAUGUAGAAAUGUCGAGGAUCUUUAGCUCAAAGGAAUUGAAGAAAGCCACGGAUAACUUCAGCGUGAACAGAGUCCUUGGGAAAGGAGGUCAGGGCACAGUGUACAAAGGAAUGCUGGUGGAUGGGAGGAUCGUUGCGGUUAAAAGAUCGAAACUUGUGGACGAAGACAAGAUGCAAGAGUUCAUCAACGAAGUCGCACUUCUCUCACAGAUAAACCACAGAAACAUUGUGAAACUCUUGGGAUGUUGCUUGGAGACAGAAGUUCCGAUCCUGGUUUACGAAUAUAUUCCCAAUGGAGAUCUGUACCAGCGUCUUCAUGAUGAAUCAGAUGAUUACAACAUGACUUGGGAAGUGCAUCUUCGCAUAGCUAUAGAGAUAGCGGGAGCACUUUCAUACAUGCACUCAGCUUCAUCGUUUCCGAUAUACCAUAGAGAUAUCAAGACUACCAAUAUACUGUUGGACGAGAAGUACAGAGCCAAGGUGUCUGAUUUUGGAACUUCGAGAUCGGUAACAGUAGAUCAAACUCACUUGACAACACUAGUUGCAGGCACUUUUGGGUACAUGGAUCCAGAAUACUUCUUGUCGAGCCAAUAUACUGACAAGAGCGAUGUUUAUAGUUUUGGGGUUGUACUUGUGGAGCUCAUAACCGGAGAAAAACCAUUGACUCGUGUCCGGUCUGAAGAAGGAAGAGGAUUGGCAGCUGAUUUUCUUGAGGCCAUUAAAGAAAACAGAGUGUUUGACAUCGUUGAUGAUCGGAUCAAAGAGGAAAGCAAGCUGGACCAAGUGAUGGCAGUCGCAAAACUAGCUCGAAGGUGUCUAAGCCGAAAAGGUAGGAAGCGGCCAAACAUGAGAGAGGUUUCAAUUGAGCUGGAGAGGAUCCGUUUAUCACAUGAGGAUUUAGAGGGUCAUAUAAAUACCGACAAUGAAGAGGACCAAGCCAUGGAGAUCAAGAUAAUUAAUCAACUGAUUUGAACCGGUUAAAGAUGAUUCAACACGUUGCUAGAGUUAUAGUAACUAAGUUUUAUAAUGCGUGCCACAACUUUUGUUUUUUUUUUUUGGUUCUGUCGCGCUAGCCACAAUGAUCCAUCUCUCACUCUCAUUCAUGUGGGCCAGGGCCAGAUAAGGAUCUUUCUAAAAAAUGGGAUCUACACAACAUCCACGUCAUCUACCGUUUGCCACGUCGCCUUAUUAUUUGAUAUUUUGUCGACUGGUAUUUUAUUUAUUACUCGGAUAUAAAUUCAACUUAGAUAUUUGACUUUCAUGCUGG